AUGGAACAUUCUACUUGGGGAGAAGAAAAUCUUAUGUCUUUAGAUGAAAUGGAUAGAUUUAUCAGUAAUGAUACCGUUUCCCUUUGUGUCAAAUUUGAAAUUCAAGAAUCUAUCAUAGAUGCAUUACCCGAAAUUGUCAAUCCUUUUAAUAAGCUAGUUAACUCUCCAAAAUUUUCUGAUAUAACUUUCCGUGUAACUGAUGAUUAUGGACGAGAUAAGUUAUUUUAUGCUCAUAAGGGAAUUCUUGCUAGUUCAUCACCAGUAUUCGAAGCAAUGUUGACAAAUGGAAUGAGAGAGACUUUUGAAGAUGAAAUUCACUUAAGCCAAACAAAUCAUUCAGCUUUUCUUGCUUUACUCACUUUUAUAUAUACUUUUAAAGUCAAUAACACUUCAUUGAACAAUGCUGAAAAUUUAUUAGCUUUGGCCGAUAAAUUUGCUAUUAUCCCCGUUCGGGAAGAAUGUUUACGUUAUUUCCGCUUGGAAAUGAAUACUGAGAAUGUAUGGGGAAUUUGGGCAAUUGCUGCUAAUGUAACUUCUGAAGAAAAGAUUUAUGAACUUGUUGUUCGAUGGGCAAAUUAUUCAUGCACCAAUGAUUCAUCCAGUAAAUUAUCAACUAGAAAAACUUCUUCCAAGAGCAUAAAAGUUGAUGCUUUAUCAUCUACUCCAUCCUCCUCAUCAUCUGCUUCCAUGCUUUCAGAACUUCCAAAAGAUGCCGGUGAUUCCAGUGACAGAUUGGCAGCUCUUCCAUCUUUGCUAAAAUGUGUUCGAUUCCCAGUGAUGCAAAAACGUUAUAUUGUUGAAAAAGUUGAGGGAAAUGCAACUGUUAUGUCCGCCGAAAUUAUGAAAGAUCUU